AUUCUGCAUGUAAUUUCGCAUCUACUAUCUAUAUCACACAUUACUUACCCUUAUCAUGUUCCAUUCCUGAUGGCCCGCUUCGGUUGAAAGGGUAGUGGUACUAGACUACGGUAGUCGUGAAGAAAAUGAGAGCGCAUCAAGAAGUGAUGAAAAUUCAAAUCGAGGUUUUAUUGAAACAACUACUUCAAGAACUCUGAGUAGAAGCAUCUUCAAAUUAUGUCGGAGCUGAUUGGAUCCCCCUUCGUAUCCCCAGAGGAUCUGAACAUCCCGCAGCUGGUGUUUUUAGGCCUGGUCUAUGCGUACGUUCUGUGCAAGGCCAGCGAUACCAUCUCGGAUGGCUCAGAACUUCUUCUCCUAGUGCCGGCCUUCGCCAAUGUAGUAGGGUCCGUGGUUCUACCGGUGCUGGGCGCAGUUCCGGACGGAGUUAUGGUAGAUAUUCAAUUCGUUUAAUAUGCUGGAUUCACUUGAACUUGAAGUUCGAACAUUUUUCACCAGCAUACCAGAACACAGGUUGUUACUCACGCGCAAGAUGGCAUCUUCAGCGUCUGUGUCACGAAGUUGCUUUGCGCAGAAGCAAGUCUUUGUUGUUGAUCCUGCAGCUAGGAGAUAUCGAUGUCACAACGAACUUUGACUUUGUAAAAGUCGCUGGGGUUCUUCUUGUACUCAAUAUUUAUUAGCGCAGGAUCAUGUAAGUGGGAUUUUCACAUUCCCAUUUUCGGCUCGAAACUACAGGUUCUCGUUUCCGGGGUCGGUCCGAGUGCUGCGGAAGAAAUUUACGUAGGUGUGGGUACCCUUGCGGGGUCAACCGUGAUGCUUCUCACGAUUGCAUGGUGGGUUUCCGUGCUGGGCGGCAGAGUAGACUUCGUCGACAAGGAGAAUGGAAUUCUCAACUACAAGAAGCCCGCUAUGAGAAUGCACAACGAAGACCCCCGCUUUAUUUUCCCCUCACUUGAAGGUGGGCAUGAGCAUGAGCAGCAGCGCCAGGAGCCGUGGCAGACACAGAAGUGUUGCUUUUGCAUGACACAACAGGCUCUCCAUGCGCAAAUUUGGUCGAGCUUGUCACGCAAUUUUGCAUUUGAAGCGGAAGCAAAUAGGAAGAAGAGCAAAUGAGUUGUGUGAAGAGAGGGGGGGAGAAUUGUGCACUCUGAUACGCGCAGGCGUGAGCAGUGACAACUGGGAAAAGUUUACCGGAACCACCCUCUUCGACGGGGCCGUCGGCUGCUAUGGCGUUCUCAAAUGUUACAUUCUCAACUGUUACAUGAUUUGUCAUGCAAAAGCACCAUGAUCAUCUACACGAUCAAGCUGUUCUGCAUGACAAAUCCUGGAAGGGCCAAACAGGAUGACAAUCUCUGCCAAAUCUGUUAUGCAAGACGCGUAAUGCCCCCCCUCUCACUUUUCCCAUUCUUGCAUCACAACUCCAUGUAAGUAACAGUUGAGAGUGUAACAGUUGAGAACGCCAUAGCUGCAAGCCCACAAUUAAGGAAAACUGCAUGUACAUGUUCGGAACCUUGGUACCGGCAAUUCUAGUCCAGGUACAGAAAUCGACCGCGUUAUUUCAACUUUUGUUUGUUCUUUUAUUUCUGCUGUGGAAUGGUCGUUUUUCUUUUUCUACAAUUUAGCGACUUUGAUGGCAUGGAGAAAUAUUAUAGCCAGUACAUGUUUUUUUGUCGACGUUGAUGUUGAUUGUGGUUGCAUUUUCUAGCCAUGUAGUAAAAGUCAGCAAGUACCUAUGAUUCUAGCCACGUACUAGAAGAUAACAAAACAACCUCUACAACAGUGCGCCGCGUUCGCGCGCAAUUACUACGAGGAAAAGGGCAUUAUAGACUACGAGCAAGGACAGCAGCUGCAGGACUACGCAGUCUUGGUGGCUUUUUGUCUCGCCGUGUGCGGGUUCGCGUGGUAUCUUUAUGGACAGUACCAGGGAGCCCAGGAGAACGACGUGGUCGAGGCGAAUAUCCUCUGUAAAAACAUGCCCACGGCCCCGUAGUCAUUGUACCAAACAAAUCAAGAAGUUCAAGUUUUGCUUGCUCUCGGUUCUCUCGCGGCAGUGUGGUCCUCGUGGUUCUUAGCUAGUGCAGCCGAAGAAUCGCAUCAAGUAGGCCAUCGUAUCCUGAUUACAGCAUGACACAAAAUUAUGGGGAACAACAUUAGAAACUACUCCUAAUGGCGCUAUGCAUGAGAGGCAUCCAUCUGGGUAUGAUUCAGAUUCGCAUGUUAGAUACAGGGUGGGAGGUUUUUAUUCACCAUAGCGAAGCAGGUCGACGCCAUCUCCACCGCGAUCAAAACCAACACACUCACACUGGAAGGCGCGUUAGGGGAGGUAGCGCGACUCACGAAGGCGCACAACAAGUCCCUGCAGGCAACCUUUUCGAUAAGAAGCACCGAGCCGUUAUUGAUGGAGCAGGAGAUAUCGCAGAAAAAGACUUUGUAGGUGUAGUCACAAAGAUCAUUCAAAUUGUUUUCCGCUAGUUGUACCCGCAGCACGACGUGCAAAUAUUCUCUGCGUGACCACUUGUCGAUGACAUAGAUUUAGUUGUGCGUGAUGAAAUUAUCUUCAAUCGCGGGAGCAGAUGGAGACCACCAUCAUUCUCAUCAUCGUCAUCGUUCUUGUCUGGCAUAUUGCGGAGGACCUGUCGUGCAGCUAUGCAACAUUUUCAUCCGCAUCAUUGACUUACAGACGGCACCACACUGUUUUUUUCUUCGAUGCGGGACUGCGAAGCACCAGGAACAACUGUAUGAUAGGCUGAAAAGGGUUUUGAGGCCCUACUUAUCAAAUGUAAAAAUGUCUGGGUCUGGAAGAAUGCAACUUGUCAUUCUGAAUCUGAAGCAGGCAGGAAUCUGCGUUGCAUGAUUACCAUAAGUCGUCCAGUUUUGACCAAGUCGGGAGGGAGUUUCUCAUGCAGGAUAGACAUGAGAGAGAUCGCACAGAAUCUGUCAUGCUAGGUCCUGCAUUCCAGACCUCAUGGGUCAGGGAAAAGCUGCAUGACAAAUCGCGCAUUCUUCCAGACCCAGACAUUUUUGCAUUUGAUACUACUUCCGAAAAUACGACACGAAUGGCGACGAUAAGCUAGACUUCGACGAAUUCCGAGUCAUUUGCUCGGAGGUAGAAAAAUAAUAAAAGCGUUCAAAGGACUGAUAGCUUAUUUUUCUUUGAUGAAGAUAUAAUCAAGUAGAACGCUGAACUACGUGAGCUGAGCCUAGUAAUUACUUCGUUUCAUCAUCUAGUACUUUCAACCUGUUGCGUCUUCAAGUUGAAUGACAAAAAUCUGCUAUACUACACAUCAAUCAGGUGUCGUCUUCUGCCACGAAAGAGGCCCAGCACGCAAUAUUUACUAGGAUGGACUCCGACAACAAUGGCUACCUCUGCUUCGGCGAGUUCAUAGAUUGCAUGCUGACGCUGACGAAAAAAGCCCAGCAAUACAACAUCGUGAAACAGGCGGCUGCCGUAUCACAGUACACAACUUCCCCGCCCGCCCCUCAUUUAUAGGUAUGCAUCAAGGUGCAGCUAAGAAAUCCUGGUUUGGAUGCGUUUUCCUGCCUGUAGGUGCAUGUUCACAUGUUCAUCAUGAUCCGGAAGCCCAAACUGCACUACAACAUCCGUGUGUGAGCUUGAUAUUCAUAAAUUCGUGCGCCGUUCGGGACGUGGUUUUUGUUGCUAGAAAUGCCAAUAAAUCAUGAGGGAGAGCGGGCGUUGCGCACUCUCAUACGCGGGGACCCUUCCCCUCGGGCAACCUGGGGUCGGCUCCUUCCCCAUGGGCGCGCCGGGCAACACGUUUGGCAUAAACGUUAUGACCGACAAUAGUAGCGCGAAUACCAGUGACGUGGGGGAUCUGGACAACAUGAGCGUAGAUGGUGGGGGUGGGAACAAAUCCGACGCCGGAAGUAUCCCUUGUAAAACAGUGCCGCACGUACUAGAAAUUGCAUUUAUUCAUUUUCGGAAAGAAAAUAUGGAAUUUAGAUUUUUCGUCCAUUUUUUAGGACGAUUCUAAAGAGCAAAUAAAAGGAAAGCAGAUCUGUCUUGCAUAGCUGCAAUUGGUACGAGUGCGAUACUUUUGCAGAUGAUAGGAAGCUCGGAGAGCGAUGACAAGUCCGACGAUGGGGAGGAUGUAUCAUUCUUGAAAUGCUUCAUUUGUCACGUAAAUGAGCGGCAGAGCUUUUCUGUGAAAUGAAUAAUUAAAUGACUUUCCCAGCACUGUUGAUGCAAAUAAAAUCACUCAUCCAAAAAUCAGGAGGAUAUUCCGGAAGAAUUAGCUCACCUCUCUCCGGAGCAGCAGCAGAGAAGAAUCAAAAUAAAAGCCGCAUGGAUGUUAUGCAUGAUAUGUCUCCUCCUGGGUCUGGGUCUGGGAACGCCUCAUGCGAAGUUGUGGAUGCAGAUCGUAGAAUUAAAAAAUCUCUAGCCACGACGCAUGAAAAGUUGAAGUUUUCGUGUUCAUCUCAUUCUCACCGAAGAUCGCGCUCGGCCAGGCGACGUUGUUCCAAGUUUUGCAAUCUUCCAGACCACCGGGACGACAUAUUUGCAAUGCAUAGAUGUGCUGCGUCGGGACAAUAUUCGUCGUCGCGUUUUCGGACCCAAUGGUAAGUGCAACUUUCUCACUUUUGUGCGGAGAAGAUCUACACUCAAAAAGUGUCCUGCUCGAAGCAGUAAAAAGAACAACUCGCUGGCCUCCUCCAAGUUUAAUACUUGACAGCCAAUAUCCUGUACAGCCAAUAUCUCUACGCGGUUGUACCACUUUCUCAACGAAAAUAAAAAAUUCAAAAUCACCAAGGUCGACGUCUUCAACGAGCUUGCCAAGCGGUCCGGCGUGAAUCCCUUUUUCGUGUCCUUCAUUCUCUCCCUAUCAAAUGCAAAAAUGUCUGGGUCUGGAAGGAUCCGAACUUGUGAUGCGCAUUUUAGAACACAGAAAAAUCUCUCAUGCAUAGUUAGCAAAAGCUGUCGCUGUCCACCUUCUGUCACGAAAAUGGGGGAUUUCUCAUGCGGGUUCGGCAUUGCGGAAGCUUCUCGAAACCUGUGAUGCUAGAGCUCUCAUGCCAGACCUUCUGCGUCAUGCAAAGACAGCAUGACUCUUCCAGACCCAGACAUUUUUACAUGUGAUACUCCCCGCUCGUGUCCAACGCCUCCGAGCUCGUGGCCGCCUACAACUACGCGAAAAAGAAGACGCUCCGGUCCGCCACGAUUUCCCUGUCCACCCUCGAGGGCGCCGCCUGCAUGAACAACACCUUCUGUUUGGGGUGUUUUCUCUUCGUGCUCUACUUUUCCCAUUUGCGGUGGGAGUUCACCUGUGAAAUUGCGACCAUGGUUAUCGCAGAGGUGCUGGUGGGGUACGUAGCCUACACACGGAAAAUCCAUACCAUGAGGGAUGCGCAUUUUAUCGCCAUGCUGUUCCCCCUGUCGCUCGUCUUUGUCUACAUUGGCACCCACGUUCUGGGUUUCAGCUAGGGGCCUUCUGGAACCAUGGUACUGAAUUAAAAACUACAUCGGAACGACACGACUAAAGCCAAAUCUUCUGAUAGUAUUCAACAAACAAAACGUAUAGUAGCAUCUUCAACCCCACUUCCUGGUCACUGAUCUUCGUGUCAAUAGUACCAUCUGUCAGCACUUCUCCGUUAUCUUCCCUAUAUCGUUAUCGGAACAUCAAAAUAUGCGAGUAGCUGUAGUUAUUCAGGUGAGGUGUCGUAUACCUCUCAUGGCGCACCUACUUGCAAUGUGAAUGUACUUUGAGCAACAGCAAGUACGCUGCGACAGUGGAGGAAUGCCCGGGAGGUGUCUCGACGUCGCCAGCAGCACCGUUGCGUGUGUGAGUGGUACUAGUAUGUUUCAACUUCGGUCAACAUGCAUCAUUUUUUAUCUUCAGGUCAAUAGUAUACAUCUAAAACAACCUCUAUCAUGAUUUAUGCAUCUUUCGCCGUGUCGGACCGAGAACAACCUUUUUGUACACCAUUACGCAAGACAAGCGCGCCUGCACCUUUUUCAAUGUAUCAUCAUUGGACAUAAUUUUUACUUCAGCAACAAUUUCAUACGCAUCUGAUCAUUUCUAUUCACGCAUGUAAACCACUUGGGGCGAGCUUUUCGUUUUUUGUCAUAAUAAAUCGGUGAUGACGGUGUGUGACCUCCACGCAGCACAUGCACACCAUGUACAAUUGUCAGUUUUUCCGGGGCGGCGCACGUCAAAAUCAAAGGAAACAUUUCAUCGCAGUGGCGAGAGAUUGGGGCAUCCAGAAAAAACUUGUUCGCCCUUUGGUAAAAAUGGUAGGUUGACGACAGUUGAAAAAUUCGUUUUUUUUUGAAAUAGAUCUUCGCAGACGAAACCAAGAUUGAUAGAUGCUCCAUAGCGCUGUUGGAAACAAAAUCGUUGAUGUUGAAGUCGGAAGUCGUAGCAAUGCGUAUUUGUUCCCGUCGCGUGAGAUAUGAUAGUAAAGAAGAUCAAGUGACGAGGUAAGAAGUAAGUGAGUAGAAGAUGAUGUAGAGCUAAACAGCAAAUUGCGUUUAGUGAGUUUUUCAGUAAACAGGUGAUAGCCGACGUUUUUAUGGUUUCAGCUUAGUUUUCGCUUUUGAUUAUAAUCGACCUGACGGUGACGGCACACACAUAAAUUACGCUUUAUUGCAAGCGCAGUGAACACACCCUUUCUUUCUUUCUUGACAGAAACAUGCUCUUCACUCCUUCCAAUUCCG